AUGUCUUAUCUCAAAUGGUACAAAUCUGAGGAGACUCCACCACCCCUUCCGUCGCAACGUGUUCAUAUCUUAGACAUGCCGGAUCUUGUAAUGAGAAAAAUUCUAGAUGAAAUUGACCUUGUAUCAAUAAUGAAACUUCGAAAAGUGUGUCGUGCAUUCCGUAACUACAUUGAUGACACGAAACCUGACAGCAAGUUAAACGGACUCGAGAUCUACAAGGAAUCGAAUUCAAUUUUUGUUUCAUAUUGGUAUUUUCUUUCCAAGCCGUUGAGAAAGAAAAAAUCGAAGGAGGUAACAGUUUCUUAUGAAAACAACAAAAAAGGAUGUGAGAUUCGUUUUGGCGAGGGUCAACUCAAACAUAUAAAUGGAAGAAAAACUUUUGAUGUUUUCUGUGAAGAUAUGCAGAUGGUUCUAGGAAACCAGAAGACAACGAUUAGAUACUUUAAUUUUCACAAUUGUGAAGAUGCGUCGAACAGUGAAGAAGAAGAAACCCAUCCACCGAACCUUUUCCAAAAAAGUUUAGAACUUUUUUGUUGCCGGAGGAGAUCAGAAAACACAAAGACAUAUCCUUCACAAUACGCAAACUCUAUACCAAUGUACAACACAGUUUUCGAUUUCAUUCUGGAAAUAUUGAAAUCAAGAAAUCUCCCUGUUCAAGUGAGUAAUUUGAGAAUUUCUGUAAAUGGACAGGAUCAACUGGAAACGCUGCUGAAACAUGUGAAAUCGACCGAAUUAAAGUAUUUGGUUAUUAGCGAAGCAAUAAGAGCAAGUCACGCAGAUAUGAAAUGUGAACUGAAUCUUGAUGUACUCAAAAACUUUGGUAACUUAAAUGAACUUACAGUUUACGAAUUUUUGAUAAGUUCCUCGCUUGAAUCGUUGUCUCACAUUCCAACUAUCGAAGGGACAUUCAAGAAAAUCACUGCAACUGAGAUACUCGCCAGAAAAGAAACACAUCUCGAAUUGGUUUCUCUCUUUGAUUCAUGGGUUCGUUGUUAUACAAUUAAAUACGAUGAGUUUCCUGAUAAAUCUCGUUUAUUUGAACUGUUUGGAGCACCGAUUGAACAUUAUUCCAGUUGGACUAAAUGGAAGUUCAAUAUUCCGAAAACCAAGAAAAAACUAGUUGUCUCUUUAUGGGCUUCGUCCGUGGAUAUUUCAAUGAGUUAUUAUUAA